AUGUUUAUUCCAUACGGACAAUCGAUUUGGCAUACCAAUGUCUUCAUUUUGUGGUUUUGCCUCUUGGGUGCAUCUCAAUCUUAUGAAAAUGUUGCUUUACACAAACGUGCAUUCCAACUGAAUCCGUAUGACGGAACAAAUAAAACCUUCGACGCAAGUAAUGCAGUAGAUGGACUCAAGUCUAACUUACAUUGGAAUGGAGGUCAAUGUGCUGUAUCAGCUCUUGGAAAAGAAAUCGCUGCCUGGUGGGUAAACCUCGGCAGUCUCCACAUCAUCCACCACAUCACUGUGUAUUUCAGGACAAAUAAUGACAUUUGGGAUAACAGAAACAACGCAACAGCUUCUGUUCUAGGAUUUUCACUGUAUGUUUCCAACACUUCAGAUAGAUUACAAGGAAAAUUGUGUUUCAAGGAUGAUCACUUUAACAGAAGCACUAUACCUGCUGUUUUUAGCACGAUGUGUUAUGUUUUGGGACAAUAUGUCAUCUAUUACAACGAGAGACUGAAAGGGGUUUCCUAUCCUAGCGAUUAUAAUUCAGAUGCUGAAAAUGAUUUAUGUGAAGUCGAGGUGUAUGGCUGUCCUUUACAAAUAACGCAUUGCGAUGUCUUGGACAAAGUUGAUUGUGUCUGUUUGGCCUGUAAACUUGGUUACCAUGGUGAUCAGUGUGAACGAGCAUCCUCAACUGAUGUCGAAGUUAAAAGCCAGACUCCUGUACUGCAAGGUCUGAUCGGUGGCCUCAGUGUCUCGAUUUUAAUCAUCGUUGUACUUAUUCUCUAUGCUGUACAGACAAGAAUUUCAAUGAGAAGGAACCCUCCAUUAUUGAAUGCAAUAGAAUUAAGGAAUGACGCCAACUCAGCCAACUCAUGUGUUACUGGAAGCAAUUAUACUGUGAAUAGUUACACUGAGUUCGGAUGGUCCAGUAACACUGACCCAUAUUAUACGAUCCAGGAGAUGACAGGUGUAGUUUAGAACUUAUUCUUUAACACAAUCGAAAGUUUUUCAAGUCAUUUGCCCUAAGAAAAAUUAAAAAUGGAAGGAAACUGAAGAAUUAUGAUAAUUUCAGCAAAUAUACAAAAAA